CCAGCCAACUUCCCCCUCUUCACCUGGGGUACCAGGCAGCGCUGGCCCUCCCGUCUGUCCCGAAGACAUCCGCAUGUCUCCGGACACCUGAACACCCGGGUCCUGCCAAGAAGCCUCCGGGUGGGGACAAGAGCAUCGGUGCCCCCAGAGCGAACCUCGCACAUCCACACGGACCGCGGUCGUCCGGGUCCCAUCCCCUCCUUUUCCUCUGGGGGAGGAGGAUGGGUUUGCAGACGCUUUCCCCAAGGAUGCUCGUGUGGUUGGUGGCCUCGGGGGUGGUUUUCUACGGGGAGCUGUGGGUCGGCGCUGCCUUCGAUUACGAUUACACUUUGGAUGAGAGCGAAGCCGAUAAAACGGAGACUAUAGAUUACAAAGACCCGUGCAAAGCCGCUGUAUUUUGGGGUGAUAUUGCUUUAGAUGAUGAAGAUUUAAAUAUCUUUCAAAUAGAUAGAACAAUUGACCUGACCCAGAACCCCUUUGGAAAACUUGGACAUUACACAGGUGGAUUUGGAGACCACAGUAUGUCAAAGAAACGAGGGGCCCUCUAUCAACUGAUAGACAGGAUAAGAAGAAUUGGCUCUGGCUUGGAGCAAAACAACACAGUGAAGGGGAAAGUCCCUGUAAAAUUCUUAGGGCAAAAUGAGAAAAAUCGAGUUCCCAGAGCUGCUACAUCAAGAACAGAAAGAAUAUGGCCUGGAGGUGUCAUUCCUUAUGUUAUAGGAGGCAACUUUACUGGCAGCCAGCGAGCUAUGUUCAAGCAGGCCAUGAGACACUGGGAAAAGCACACAUGUGUGACGUUCAUUGAGAGAACUGAUGAAGAGAGUUACAUUGUAUUCACCUAUAGGCCUUGUGGAUGCUGCUCCUAUGUUGGUCGGCGGGGAAAUGGUCCUCAAGCAAUCUCUAUCGGAAAGAAUUGUGAUAAGUUUGGCAUUGUUGUUCAUGAACUUGGCCAUGUGAUAGGGUUUUGGCACGAACACACGCGUCCAGAUAGAGACAACCAUGUGACCAUCAUAAGAGAGAACAUCCAACCAGCAAAUAGCUGUAAUACACAUGGUCAAGAGUACAACUUUUUGAAGAUGGAGCCAGGAGAAGUGAACUCUUUGGGCGAAAGAUACGACUUUGAUAGCAUCAUGCACUAUGCCAGGAACACCUUCUCAAGGGGGAUGUUUCUGGAUACCAUUCUCCCCUCACGAGAUGAUAAUGGCAUUCGUCCUGCAAUUGGUCAGCGAACCCGGUUAAGCAAAGGCGAUAUUGCACAGGCAAGAAAGCUGUAUAGAUGUCCAGCAUGUGGAGAAACACUACAGGACUCCAAUGGUAAUCUUUCCUCCCCAGGAUUCCCAAAUGGCUACCCUUCCUACACACACUGCAUCUGGAGAGUGUCUGUGACACCUGGAGAGAAGAUUGUCUUAAAUUUUACCACGAUGGACCUAUAUAAAAGUAGCUUGUGCUGGUAUGACUACAUUGAAGUAAGAGAUGGUUAUUGGAGGAAAUCACCUCUUCUUGGUAGAUUCUGUGGGGACAAAGUGCCUGAAGUUCUCACCUCUACAGACAGCAGAAUGUGGAUUGAGUUUCGGAGCAGCAGCAAUUGGGUAGGAAAAGGGUUUGCAGCUGUCUAUGAAGCCAUCUGUGGAGGUGAAAUACGGAAAAAUGAAGGACAGAUCCAGUCUCCUAAUUACCCUGAUGACUAUCGACCGAUGAAAGAAUGUGUGUGGAAAAUCACAGUGUCUGAGGGCUACCACGUUGGACUGACCUUUCAGGCCUUUGAGAUUGAAAGACAUGACAACUGUGCCUAUGACUAUCUAGAAGUUCGAGAUGGAGCCAACGAGAACAGCCCUUUGAUAGGACGCUUCUGUGGUUAUGAAAAACCCGAAGAUGUAAGAUCUACCUCCAAUACUUUGUGGAUGAAGUUUGUUUCUGACGGAACUGUGAAUAAGGCAGGGUUUGCUGCUAACUUUUUUAAAGAGGAAGAUGAAUGUGCCAAGCCUGACCAAGGAGGCUGUGAGCAGCGGUGUCUGAACACACUGGGCAGCUUCCAGUGUGCCUGUGAGCCUGGCUACGAACUGGGGCCUGACAAGAGGAGCUGUGAAGCUGCCUGUGGUGGACUCCUCACCAAGCUUAAUGGCACCAUAACUACCCCUGGCUGGCCGAAAGAGUAUCCACCAAAUAAAAAUUGUGUGUGGCAAGUGGUUGCGCCCACCCAGUACAGAAUUUCUAUGAAGUUUGAGUUUUUUGAAUUGGAAGGCAAUGAAGUUUGCAAAUAUGAUUAUGUGGAGAUCUGGAGUGGUCUUUCCUCCGAGUCUAAACUGCAUGGCAAAUUCUGUGGUGCUGAGGUGCCGGAAGUGAUCACUUCCCAGUUCAACAAUAUGAGAAUCGAGUUCAGAUCUGACAACACUGUGUCCAAGAAAGGCUUUAAAGCACAUUUCUUCUCAGACAAAGAUGAAUGCUCAAAGGACAAUGGCGGAUGUCAGCAUGAUUGUGUCAACACGAUGGGAAGCUACAUGUGUCAGUGCCGGAAUGGAUUUGUGCUUCAUGAAAAUAAUCAUGACUGCAAAGAAGCUGAAUGUGAGCAGAAGAUCCACAGCCCAAGUGGCCUCAUCACCAGUCCCAACUGGCCAGAUAAGUACCCCAGCAGGAAGGAGUGCACGUGGGAAAUCAGCGCCACGCCUGGCCACCGCAUCAAAUUAGUCUUCAGUGAGUUUGAGCUCGAGCAACAUCAGGAAUGUGCCUAUGAUCACGUAGAAGUCUUUGAUGGAGAAACAGAAAAGUCUCCAAUUCUUGGACGACUUUGUGGCAACAAGAUCCCAGAUCCCCUUGUGGCUACUGGCAGCAAAAUGUUUGUUCGGUUUGUUUCUGAUGCAUCUGUUCAAAGAAAAGGCUUUCAGGCCACACAUUCUACAGAAUGUGGUGGCCGGCUGAAAGCAGAAGCCAAACCCCAAGACCUAUACUCGCAUGCUCAGUUUGGUGACAACAAUUACCCAGGGCAGAUGGACUGCGAAUGGCUCUUAGUAGCAGAACGAGGCUCCCGACUUGCAUUGUCCUUCCAGACUUUUGAAGUGGAAGAAGAAGCUGACUGUGGCUAUGACUAUGUUGAGCUCUUUGAUGGUCUCGAUUCAACAGCUGUGGGUCUCGGCCGAUUUUGUGGAUCUGGGCCACCAGAAGAAAUCUAUUCAAUCGGGGACGCAGUUUUAAUUCAUUUUCACACUGAUGACACAAUCAACAAGAAAGGAUUUUAUAUCAGAUACAAAAGCAUAAGGUAUUCAGAAACCAUGCAUACCAAAAAAUAACCCCAGACCCUCUGUCAGAACAUCAAGGAAUGUGCAAAUGGAAAGAAGACAUAUUUUUUUAAACUGAUGAUACUAGCACAAAUGUUUUAUAUUACAUGUUUGAACAAAAGAGAACUGUAACAGCAGAGUUAUUCUGUACUGAAAGAACUUCCCAGCCAACACAGAUUGGCAUUACAAGGGUAUGUGAACUCCAUGCUUGAUGUAUGGAUACAGCUGGUGGAGGGACAUCCAAUGCUGCAAGGAAGAUUACCAGCUUUGUUCCGCAGCUUGAAACAGAUGCCUCAUACUUCAGACAGUUCAGUUCAGGGACUGUGACUCUACGCACUGAGGCUUUCAUUUAUUCAAGAUUUGGGGACGGACAGUGAUCUUGCAGGUCAUAAACUGGAAAACUCACUUCGUGUGGGUUGGGUUAAUUGCUUCAUCUUUGUGUUUCAGAUACAAUGUAAACCAGAUUCACAAAGGUUGGUGUGAAAUGGGGGUCUUUUGAGAAUCGUAUAUAUUUUAAGUGUGAGUGAUUGUGUGUGUGUGUGUGUGUGUGUGUGUGUGUGUGUGUGUGUGCGUGUGUGUGUGUGUGUGUGUUUGAUACUUGGAAACUAAAAUAUUUUAGCUUCAUUACCUUCCCUUCCCUUGCAGGCCAGCUUAACCUGUUCAAAACACAAGUAGUCUUGAGACCAUGUCAUUGUAGUUAUAUUGUGACAAGUUUGACAUUAUUAGUUGUCUGUUAAUGCAAUUAAUAUUUAGACUUUGUUGACUUAAUUACUGGAAAAUGAUUCCCGAUCCUUUCUUUCUGUGGGAGAACUGCCUUUCCACACCAAAUAAAAAAAGCCUGUGAUGUCUUAUGAACCUUAUGAAAAAUUCCCACAAGGUGUGGGCAGGACUCUUGCAAAUGACCGUCUGGAUGGUUCUCACUCCAGUUACAACUGCUGCUGCUACUGUCUUUUGUGCUGAUAUAUUACCGUUAUAGUUACUGCUAUCGAAGUUGUCUUAGCAUUUAGUGUAUUUAAAAAUAAUGAGAUGAAGUGGAAGUACACUUUAUGACAAGUUAAAGAUCUCUCUCCUCCCUCCCACCCAUUUUCCUUGAAGUCAGUUUGAAAACAUGCAAUGUUGAAGAAAAAAAAAAAAGGAUUUGUUUCUGAAAGAUAUUCUAUGGUGCUAUUCCAUAAACACUUAAAAAAAAAAAAAGUAUCUGACCUUUGAGCCAACCACCUGUAGACUUUCAAUGUCUUCCUGUCUGGCUGGUACCAUUUGGAGACUAAAGACUCAUUUCAUAUAUCAAGAGUAUAGGACUACAAGGGCAGCCACUUGCCCUGUGGAACAAUUACUUAUAAUGCCUUAGAAUUCUUGCACAUGAUCAAACAGAUCCUUCUGGAAACACACCUCUUAAAAUGUUCAACAUAAUAACAUAUGUUAAUCAGGAACCCCAUAAGGAAAAUCAAUUUCCAUGGCAGAGACAUUGGAUAUACAUAUGGUGACCUGCUUUUGUUGUAGAAAAUGUAAUUUUAGAGUGAAUUUUCUGCUUUGAUGCCAUGUAUGUUUUUAAUAUUAAUGUAUAUAUUGUGAGAUGGUCUGAGUGAGUCUAUUAGAAGGUAAAAAGUAAAGACUGAUUGAAAAGUUUAAGUUUAUGUGCCAAGUUCUACUAGAAUUCUGUUUGAAAUAGCACCUUUCUUUGGUUUCAUGGACAUACAUUAGGAAGUUGUGAUUAUUCUCAAUCCCUUUAAAGAGAUGCACCCCUACGUAAGAGGAUCUUUGUUUUGAUAAUAUUUGAUAUUGAUGCUAUUGCUUUGUGAGGUUGCUUACUUUGUUACCUGUCCAUGAACAUUCAUUAUGUGAUGAAAUUGAGGAUAAUUUCCUUAUUUUUCCAAAAUUAAACUACACACAUCAACAUA